ACAUAGGAAGAAAGUGAAGUGAGGAAUGGGGCCUCGUGUACUAGAGUGGGAGGGGCCGGGUCCUCUCCCGCCUAUUCCUGACACGAACUUCGCCGCCUACAUGUUGGAGAUGAUGGAGGAACAUGGCGACUCUGUAGCUGUGGUAGACGCAGAGACUCACCACCAAAGGACGUUUUCUGAGCUGUGUAGUUUAGUGCCGCGAGUGUCUGCUGGUCUUGCCGCUGCCGGGGUCACACCAGGUGAGGUAGUCGCCGUCAUCACCCCCAACCACGUGGACUACCCGCUGGUGUUACUCUCCAUCCUACACCGAGGCGCCGUCUGUUUUGGCAUUAAUUCCCUUCUUACACCAAAGGAAGUGAACCACGUAUUGAAGAUUAGUGGCGCUUGCUGGGCGGUGGUGCACGAGUCUAUGGUGGCCGAGGCAGAGGCAGCCUUCUCCCUCCUGCCCUCCUCCACCAUCAGGAAGAUGUGGGUCCUCGGGGACGUCUCCGGUAAACCGAGUGUGGCUGAUCUUAUGAGUCAUGAUCCACUGCCGCCUUUCACCAAGGUUGAUGGACUGAACCCAGCUAGAGAUGUAGCCAUCAUAUACAGCUCCUCGGGCACGACGGGGAUGCCUAAGCCCGUCAAACUCUCUCACCGCAACCAACUAACUGUUAUGGCCCUCAAUAAGUGUAUGGACAGUCUUCAUCAAACAGGUAUCAACCGGCGUGAGAUGUACGAGGUGACGUUUAUGGUGUUACCUAUGUCUCAUAUAUAUGGUCAAACCAAUACCAUACUGACGCUACUGUUUGGUGGCACGGUAGUCGUUCUCCCCAAGUUUUCCGCAACACAAUUCCUUGAGGCUCUCCAGAACUUCAGGGUGACAUUGAUCCCCCUUGUGCCCUUCUUAAUCAAGUUCCUGGUCGAGACGCCCCUCUUACACCGGUACGACCUCUCCUCCUUGAAGGUGAUCAACUGCGGCGCCAUGCCACUCUCCUCCGCCCUCGCCGCCUCCCUCAAGCAGAAGUUGAGUGUACAGCUUAAUGACCAAUAUGGGAUGACAGAGGCCUCUUACGCUGUAGCGGAGAAUAUCGUCAGGGUGGGCUUUAAGGACAACACCGUCGGCAAGGUGCUCCCGUAUUUUCAGAUUAAGGUGGUGGAAACGGAGAGCGGAGAGAUGCUGGGGGAGGGGCAGGAGGGGGAGGUGUGUUUCCGAGGACCUUCUACAAUGCUGGGUUACGCCAACAACCCCGUCGCCACCGCCGCCACCCUGGACGCUGACGGCUGGAUACACUCUGGUGACAUCGGCUACUUUGAUCAUGAUAAUUACCUCUUUAUCAUGGACAGACUUAAAAACCUCAUUAAGGUUAAAGGUUUCCAGGUGUCGCCCACUGAGCUGGAAUCUGUGAUCAUGGAGCACCCUGACGUGGCUAACGCAGCGGUGGUGGGCGUCCCGCAUGACAGCCUAGGAGAAAUGCCUCUGGCAUUCGUGGUGGUCAAACCCGGUGCUCACAUACAGGCGAUCGUCCUGCAGCAGUUUGUUGAUAGUCGUGUGGCCUCCUUCAAGAAACUGGCAGGCGGUGUUAAGUUUGUCGACGCCAUACCCAUGAACCCUACUGGGAAGAUCAACAGAAAACUACUAAAGGAAUCUGUGUCCCUCGUUGCUAAACUGUGAGGUCCUUGAGAAACCCAGCAGAAGUAAGAAGAUGAGGGAGACUACUGCUGGAAUUCUUUACCCCCAGGAGAGGAUCAGGGUGAGAUAGCUGUUGAGAGACGAUCAUUAUAUCACAAGUAGAAGUCCCAGCGACGAAUGUUUGGUUAGGUUAGAGGCUUACCGUGUUUCUCUGUCAAAAGUAGGGGUUAAAUAUAUGAGCGUCAGAAGUAUUGUCAUGUUAUUCACUGUACAGAUACCAUACAUUCCAAAGGAAAUUUGCAAAAAGACCCAUAACUUUCGGUGAUGUUUACCGAAGUAUCAGAAAUAGAGUAA